AUGGGUCGACAACAUCCUGCCGGUCUGGCAAUUCUCAGCCAAAUGUUCGUGGUUUCAGUGGUACGUGAACAGAACACAAAUCAUGUUCACGGUAGAAAGUCGGCACGCUCUCGUUCCUUCCCGCGAAUCAACACUUCCAGAAACCUCGAUGAAAACAUGUCUGCAAUGCCAAUGCCGUCGCCACAUCAGUUCUCGCCAACUCACUCACGCGACUCGUCUGCUGCCUCGACAGCCUCGUCUCCCAUAACACCCACAUUCUCCACGCGAGGUCACUCCAGAUGGCCCAGUUCUUCCUCGUCAUUGGUCACCAACCCGGAUUCGCCAGCUAAUCCAAAUAAGACGCAACUUCACGAUCUGGUCGAAGAUCCAUCUGAGCGCGACGAUUCUUUUGAUGAGCCUCGUGGCAGCGCACACGAGCCCCUGUGUAUCUGCGAUACACCGUUUUGUGAGCAUCGACGACAUCCAAUCUCACAACAAACAUCGGCUUCAUUAUCAACGCCCGAAUGGACGCCCGGCGAUGACUACUUCGAGACUGCUCAACUGCCUACAGGACCAAAAACGACCAAACGACGCAGAUCUGGAGACUUCUCCACUGACAAUCUAUCGUCCCGCUUGAGCAGACAUUUCCCAUCUAUUUCUAAGCGAUUUGGAGGUCACAGAUCAACACCGUCUGCCUCCACUACCAAUUUUCGGAGCGCACCUGGCUCGCGAUCUUCAUCAUUUCGCGUGCCGAGCACGAGAUCUUUUACCAUGCCGAAUGUGCAUGACAGCCGGAACUGCACGCCGCCGACGCCGCCGAUGCCGUUUUCGCCUGCACCCACAUCGAAUAGCGACCGCUCAGUGAGCCCACCAAGAGCUAGAGCUUCCUCUCAUGCGACUAGGCCUGUGGAGAUCACGCUUCCGACACCUGGAGAAGAUACAAUCGAUCGCGAGGAGCUUGCCUCUACUCCCUUGCUCCCACCCAUGAUGGAAAGCUACUUUAACCAUUCGUUGGACGAAGUUCGAUCGCCGCUGCCAUCUCCCACGGUGGCAUCACCAAGUGCAGCAGCAUCCGUAGCCAACACUCCUUCAGGAACACCAGUAUUUACGAGCUUCCCGACGCCGCCACUGUCGACCAAACACUCUAUGGCUUCGUUACACGCGUCUCGCUCGAGCCAUGUACUACAACCUUCAUCGGAAAUUCCUCCGCUGUCAAUUGCGGAGAGAGAGACUGAUCCCUGGGCAAUCAAGCUUGGCCAUGCGAACUUUCACAUCACGCCUGAACCUUACCUGCCGGAAGUUUGCGACGCACAUUCGUGUAAGCAACUGCUUGAUGAUUGGGAGGCUGCUCGUGUCGAAUUCAUGCGUCAAGCCGUUCACAUCAGCGAGCAUUACGGCGUCACAUCGCAGACCUACAAACUCACGGCACAAAAGUGGGCUGAGAUAGACGCUGUUUGGCGGGCAAACCACGAGAUAGCCAAUGCCGAAGCUCAGGUUAGCGCCGAUAACACAUUCUAUCAGCCUUUGGCCGAGACGCAGGCCAUCUCGAAAAUGCCAUUACUGGAGGAUCCCAACCAGCCAUCAAAGUUCCCCAAGGUGGAAGAAGCGGACAUCGUUGGACCAAUGGUUCAAUACGCCAAAAUCCAGCAUCGGAGGGUGCCAUCAAGAAAGCAGUCAUUUCUCAAAAUCUUUACGGACCCGACAUCCUUGUUCGGACCACGCGCGACCUUGGGGAACGCCGCCCGUAGGUGACAAUACCCAUGGGCGGCACAUGUUCGGAGCCUCGGAGGAUGCGUGCACCUUGUCUUCACCGUUUUGUCUUAACAGCACACCACACAGCACACAUUAUUAUGAAAAUCACGAUCACGACCUUCACGAAAAAACAAGCGAGAGUAAACAAAAGUUCUGCGGGCCUGCAAGCGCGGAGUCACGGACACGAGGGCUUGACUGGAUGUCGCCCUGGCCAGGGAAAAAAAGGACACUACUACUGCUGUACAGGAGUUUGAUCUCAUGAGCCCAACGCUUUCGUGUUGGCCUCUGAAUGGGCGGGACUUGUCACCGGGAUACCCAAUUGCACCGAUGUGUUGAAAGGACGAGUCUGCUUUUGCUAGACGCUUGCAGUCCUGGAGCAUCUUCACUUCGAAACUGUCAAAGUAUGGGUAUUUGAAAUCAUCACUUAAAAAAGAGCAGUUGAUAUAG